AUGAUAUGCCACAGCAUGCUUUUAUGUAGGAGACACUCCGAAUCUGUCCCAAUUAUGACAAUCCAACAUUUAAAGGCAGCACUCGGCAAACCUAAGUGUCCCGGAAUCUCUUGUUCUCUGCAUACAUACAAGCAUGAUGUAAUUUACAAGCCAAAAGCGAUUUUGUGUUUUGCUUGUUCUAUAAAACAUGCAUUCAUAUUUGAGCCUAUCUACAUUGUACUUACACAUGCACCACAUAGAAAAUCUUAA